AUGUCUGACGCAAAAUUAAAAGAACUUCUAUCUGAAUUAGAAUUCCGUCUUAACAAGAUAGAAUCGCUUUAUGGUGAAUUCGACGUGUUUCAGACCGAGUUAGAGGUAUUGUCGGAGGACCCAGACGCGGCGUAUUCCGAGCGUGAGCAGUUCGAAACACAAUACUACGCGCAGUCUCAACUUCUACAUCAUCUUGAAGCCUUCCUACUUCAACCCGGGGAAUAUGUUCCUGACGUCGCGUUUUCGUCAUCGCGGUUUUGCGUUGCCAUUGGCUGCUGGACCGAUCCCACAGCAACAGCGGUCAUCGCAAGCGCACCUCGGCAUCGCGACCCCACCAACGCGACACUCGCUCACUACCACGCUGGCAAACGCACGUACACCGGCCUUCUCAACAUUGUAACGAUCCAACUA